AGCAGCAGGCAGCAUGGUCUCAGACUUUUGUUGAAGAGGCCACGCCUCUGGUUUGCUGCAGCUCGGUGUGCAGUGUGUGACAGCGGCUUGCCUCAAUUUAUUUCAGUCGGGGACGAGAGAGAGAAAUUAGGAGGAGGGAAUCAGGCGGAUAUCGGUGGCCUCUCUCUCCCUCUCUCUCAUGCAGUUUUGAAGAAGACGCCCCCUCCCUGCACCUGUUCUGCUUCGUCUUGUCGCCGUCUCGCCGGAGUUGAGCCUCUUGCGAGUGAGCGGACGUCGCUCUCCUCAUUGUUAGAUAGACGUUGUUUUGAGCAUGACUUCGACGUACAACCUGGAUUUCCACCCUCUGGCCGAAAGUCGGUUAAUGACUUCAGGCGACACGCUCAACGGCAACGGCAGCAAGAUGAACGGGUCGCUCGAGCACUUGGACCAGCCAGACCCAGACUCUAUCAAGAUGUUUGUGGGACAGAUCCCGCGCUCCUGGUCAGAAACGGAACUAAAAGAGCUUUUUGAGCCCUUUGGAGCUGUGCACCAGAUCAACAUCCUCCGUGAUCGCACCCAGAAUCCCCCUCAGAGCAAAGGAUGCUGUUUUGUAACUUUUUAUACAAGAAAAGCUGCACUGGAGGCCCAGAAUGCACUGCACAACAUAAAGACCUUAAGUGGGAUGCAUCAUCCUAUCCAGAUGAAACCCGCUGACAGUGAGAAAACAAGUGCGGUAGAAGACAGAAAGCUCUUCAUCGGAAUGGUUUCAAAGAAAUACGGCGAGAACGAGAUAAGAAUGAUGUUCUCGUCUUUCGGGCAGAUCGAAGAGUGCCGAAUUCUCCGGGGACCAGAUGGUCAGAGCAGAGGCUGUGCGUUUGUCACAUUUGCUACCAGGGCAAUGGCACAGAAUGCAAUCAAAACCAUGCAUCACUCUCAGACUAUGGAGGGCUGUUCCUCACCUUUGGUGGUGAAGUUUGCAGACACACAGAGAGAUAAGGAGCAGCGGCGUCUGCAGCAGCAGCUAGUACAGCAGAUUCAGCAGCUCAACAGCGCCUCCACCUGGGGAAACCUGGCUGGCCUGGGGACCCUCACACCGCAGUACCUGGCUUUGCUCCAGCAGGCCACGUCUACCAGUAACCAAGGCAGUUUCAAUGGUAUUCAGAGGCUAGGAGCAGGUGUGAACCCCCUUCAGCUGCAGAACUUGGCCACAUUAGCUGCUGCUGCGGCCGCAGCCCAGAGUUCUGGCAGCCCGACCUCCACCAGCGCCCUGACUACAAACAGUGCAGCCCUGGGAGCACUGGCUAGUCCAGCCGGUUCGACAGCAGGAUCUAGCGCAAGUGCUACCAUGAACACCUUGGCAUCUCUUGGCACCCUGCAGGGUCUCACUGGGACCUCUAUGGGCCUCAACCUUAACGCUCUCACCAGCAGCGUCACUGGCAUGGGGGCCAUGAAUGGAGGCCUGGGAGCCUCUAUGGCCAACGGGUCAGCAGCCAGCUCCAUGGAUGCACUGACUCAGGCCUACUCAGGGAUGCAGCAGUACACAGCCUCUGCCCUGCCCUCCCUCUACGGCCAGUCUCUCCUGCAGCAGAGCAUUGCUGGCAGCCAGAAGGAAGUAGGGCCAGAGGGCGCCAACCUGUUUAUCUACCACCUGCCGCAGGAGUUUGGUGACCAGGAUCUUUUGCAGAUGUUUAUGCCUUUUGGAAAUGUGGUCUCUGCCAAAGUCUUCAUCGACAAACAGACCAAUCUGAGCAAGUGCUUUGGGUUCGUCAGCUAUGACAAUCCUGUGUCUGCGCAAGCUGCCAUCCAGGCCAUGAAUGGUUUCCAGAUCGGAAUGAAGAGGCUCAAGGUUCAGCUGAAGCGCUCCAAGAAUGACAGCAAACCCUACUGAUCCUAGCCCCGGGGCCUUCCCCCCUCCCCAGCUCUAAUGCUAGCACUGCUAGGAACAAAUCUCCAUGCCUGUUUGCUCAUCAUUAGCCUAGCAUGUCUUCAUGAUGUUGAAAGCCAAGCCAAACUCCUGGCCUCAUCAUCCCACCAUUGUCUGUGAUGUCUCUCUAAGCUCGCCUGACCAAUACCUGGCCACCCACUGACCCUUGACCUUAGCUCAACCUGAUUUUUCUGCAUGUAUAUUCAUAUUUUCUUCUUUUUUUUUUUUGUUUUUUUGGUUCUGUAUAGAAAUGUGACAGGUGGGAGAGAGGUCAAGCAAAUCAAUGUGAAAACGUACCUGCGUUGAAUUCAUUUAAAAGACCUUUUUUGUUGCGAAUGUUUUAAAAACCUGUGGGAUUUCUUAUUUUUAAUUUAGCUUUGUUUAUUUUUUAUGUUGCUUUCUUUUUACCUCUCUCAGUAAAGUUCACUUGAAAGUUGAAUACAGGGAUUGGCACACAUCUGUGCUAUUUGGUGCCAUUAGCAAUAUGUUGGCUUCUUAAGAAAAAAAAAAACAUGCUACAGACCACUUUCCAACACUUUUGAAAGUCUGACCAGUAAAACCCCUCUCAGUGCUCUCUAAUGAUCUCUACAUUUUGUGGGCAGUGCGAAGAUUUACACCAAGGCUCUUUAAAACUAUAUUUUCUUCAUUUAGAAAAAAAUACCCUGUGUAUUUACCUUUUUUUGAACUAUUGAUGGCACAAUAAAAGGUACAUUUGCUCUGUUUAGAGAAAUGACUACCUACAUGAGUCAACUUUUUUAGAACUGAUUCACAAAUAGACAAUCUGUGGUUUAAAUGCACACUUAGAUUACCUAUAUUUUAUACCAUUGAAUCUAUAGAAGUUUAACUAACAGAACCCAGGCAAAACUUUGGGUUUUUUGUAGAUUAUGUUGUAAUGUCAUCUGUGUCGGGGGGGUCUUCAGUGUAUUGCAUUUUUAAAGAGGACUAAAAAUCAGUUUGAUCAGUGAGGGUUGUUUCUAGUAAAUUAAAAACACACUUUAAGUCAAAGAAUUCCUCUACAUUAAUUGUAAUUUCUGGGAAAAAAAUACUUUUUUUUUUUAAAGGGUCACAUGUAUGUAGACUUAAUUUUCUUUCUGCGUUUAAGAGAAGAUUUAGUGUUCAACUUCCACGGUACGUCUUGUUGACUUUCUGUGAAUUUCUCAUUAAUAAUUUAAUUAAUGGAUGUUUCACUUUGGUUUAGUUUGGAUGCCUCAUGUUGAAAGAUGAUUUACAAUGUCUGUUAAUCAUACAGAUGCCAGACAAUGUCUUUAUUGUUUUUGGUUUUUUGUUGUUAAAGUGCCCAUGUGUCAAACUCAGUGUUUUUUGAAUUCACACAACAUACUUUUCCUGUAAUAUUACCUUGUUUUCUUUACACACACACACACACGCACACAUUGCGAAACACAAAACACACUUUUCUGUGGUUGCAAACGUGGGAGCCCCUGAAGAAGAGAUCACUCGGACACAACGCACGACCUGUGGGUCUCUGCACAUUUUAUAAACACACUUUUUUAAGUUUUUCGCUCAUUGUUCUUUUAAGUGACUUCCAGUAUCAUGUUUCAGUCGUACACGAUGCACCGCACAUUAAUACUACUAAAUCCACCACUGUAGUGUUGGUUUACAAAUACAUUCCAUUUUUUCAGCACAAGGUUUACACUUUUUUUUACCGGGGUGGUAUUUUAUCUGUUAUACUAUGAAAUAACAACCACUUCACCCCCAAAGAAGGGUUCCCUAAAAACUGCGUACCUGAUGGCGCUAAAGAGUUGUCAACUCAGGGGCUUUUUUGUGUGUGAAACUAGACGCUCACACAGGAUUAUGACACAAAAUGCACAAUUAUCACCAUUUGACCUUUUUAAGUUUGGAUUAUUGUUUUUCCUUUUCUUUUUUCUCAAAAUACAUAAAUAUUCCAAAAAAAUAAAAUAAAAAAGGUACCAAAUUUGAAACAGUGCUCGAGGAAAAGUGUUGUAGUUUUGUAAGGAAACGUUAAGCACAAUUGUGGGAGCUAAUCACUUUUGCAGAAUGUUGUGUGUGUGAUUAUAAAUCCCGACAUUUUCAAGGUACCACUGAUUUCACUUUUUAAUAUGGGCAUGUGCUUUUUACAGUGUGUUUUUUCUAUCCAAAUGCAAUACAAUAUUCAAAGUGCCAUAUAUACGUCUAGAAACUGCCUACACGUCCUUAUUAGGCCUUGGUUUAGAGAUUGCUGCAGUUAGCCUUUUUUGUCUAUUUAUGCCAGUGUCAUGAAAGCUCUUGUCACCUGCUCAUGUCCCCCUUCUUCCCCCCCCCCCACUCUGUGUGUUGAGUUUAUUGGUAAAUGUGUAUUGUGAUGUACUCAAUUUGAACAGUUGGUUUAAAAAAAAAAUUGUAGAUAAACAAUAAACUUCCCUAUACAUUUGAAGGUUAAACCCUCUUUCUUAGUGAGUGUGAACACGUGUACUGUAACACUUUGCGAUACGAGCAAUUGGUGGUCAGAUGUGUCAGGGAAUUUGUCUGAUUCAAUAAAGUCAAAUGAGCUCAAACUCAAGAGAAAUAACUUGGGUUUCCGUGUUAACAUCUUUAAAUGAUACAAUUGUCAAACACUGAAAUGAUUGCAGAUCUGUGGAGAAAAGGUGGCGUAUGGUGAAGUGUUACUGUGAAUGAAUUUUUCAAAAAAAAAAAAGCACAAUGUACAGUCCACGGCGGGCCCAACAGGAACUUGACUCACUUCAGGGGCUUCCAUCACAAAUCCCGUUCAAGCUCUAACAAUCACUUUCUUUGUUCUGUGUUUUCAUAUUCUGAAGUGCUAUUUUUUUUUUUUGACAGUGUGGUAGCUUUGCAUCUCUAUAGAUAUUGUCUUGAUCCAAAAGAAAAGAGGAGUAAAAAAAAAAAAAAAAUCUUUUCUUUGUGUUAUUUUCUUGUCUGAUAAUCGGUAGGACUUUGUUCAUGUUCCACCAAUAAUUUAAUAGAUGUUUUAUCUUGUCUUGAGGAAAGCCAAAGUGGGUGCAUCUUGAUGUGAUCUGUAUUAUACAUACAGUAGUUUUUCUUUCUGUUCAGUCAGUAUGAAAUUUUUUGAAACUGGGUGGGAUUUGAAAAAGGAAAAAAAAAAAGAAAAAAAGACAUACACAGGCUUUCCAAUUUCUACAACUGGUUGUUCAUAUGUAUUUUGUACCAGUGAAGCUUUUUAUAUUGGAAAUUAAAGAAAAAAAAUCUAUAUUGGAAAAAAAAAUUGUCUGGCCUCUCAAUGUGGCCUCGCCUUGACCGGGUCUUGAGUUUGGCCUCUUUGGUGGUGUCAAGCAAUUUUUUUUUUUUUGUUUGUUUUUGUUUUGUUUUUGUUUUUUUUUGUCUCUAAAAGAUGCCUGAUUUUAAUUUUACUACAUGUCCCUCACUUCGUUAGUCGGUUUCAGUUUCGGGGGGGUUGGGAUCCUCUAAAUCGUGGUAAGUUUCAUGUUAGUAUUCGUGCUGUCCACAUAGUUUAAUGGUCAUCAGGAUUUCAACAACUUGUGUGAAUAAUUGUCUUAGUUGAAGAGUUAACUAUCUGUUUAGUUUGAGCCUUGCUUUUUUACCUGUGUAGAGUUUUUCCGUUGUUUUCCCAUGGCGGAGUGUGUAGCCGAAAGACUCUGUGUUCUUUUUUGGUCAAUGUUUGUUCAUGUGUGGUGUGUUUCUUUGCCUCUGUCUCCAAAUUAAACCAUAUCCCCUAA